AGGAUCGAGUAUUGUAAGAAUGAAUAUCAGAAAUGUCUUGAAAGAGAUCUUGAAUACAAAUAUUUUUUCUCGAGAACAUUCCGUAUUGUCCACAGAAGGGACCUUUGAACCCAAGGAUCUGAACAACCCGCUGAACAUCGUGUACCGAGUCUAAAGUCCAAUGGGAUAGCGUCCACGGCACUUAAUUAUUUCAUUGUUUUACGAGUCAUAAAUAACCUGUGCGUCAGACCGGCGUGAUGUUUCUUUUCCGAUGGAGAAGUGUUUAAAUAUCAAUGAAUGAAGUGGUUAUCGACUUGUAAGGAAACAAUAUUGCCUCACGAGUAAUGAUAUGUCAAUUUCACUCGUAAAUCGAAACAAGAAAUAAGUUAGAAUUUCUUACGAUCAAACGAUCAAAAUUUACAACGUCGAGAUUGCGCAAUUAAUUUACACAGAGAAAUCUGAAUAGUACAUGUACAACCCUAAAACGAAAUGUACCAAGAAAUAAUCAAAUUUCAUUUGUUUCUCAUACGAUACGUAUCUCCAGUUCAAAGUUUCCUGUUAAAAAAAACAACUUGUUAUGUAAAAGUUGCUGCAAUGAACUAAAAUUCGUCACAGCUGAACGCUAAUCAAUAGUGUUAUAAUUAAGUUAUCACGCACGGUCUUAGUGGGCCACACGCAGCAGUCUGACGGUCUUGCGGACGGGGGAGUGAUAUGAACAAGAAAUAAACUUUAACGGAACCUUUCCCAUCAGUUGCCUUGUGUGAUUCUAGUUAACUGGUAAUUAACACUGCCCAAACCAGCUUGAAUCGUUACAAAAUUCAUCUAGUAACUUUACUCGGCGAUACUAGCAUUGACAAGCCUCGUGCCCAAGUUCAAGUUCAGGAAGCAGACCGGGCUUUCCACUACAAAGCUAUUUAGAAAUCCUCACUUCUGAUUGGUCCAGGUUUAUUGCGCCAUUGUUAUCAACCAAUCAGCGCGCGAUUUGCAAUAUACAGCCAGCUGCCCGGACCUGGAGCUGUUAACUUAUGUCAUAAAGCAUUACGAGAAUUUCCCAUGCGGUCGUAGCAAGGCCUGAAACAACGGCCAGUCGACCUUUGUGACGGGAAUUUUCGUCAUUAUUUCCUCAGAAUGAAGAAAACGAAGUACUACAGCCUCGAUGAGGUGAAGCAGCACAACCGUAAAGGCGAUUAUUGGAUAGUUAUCGACGGCGGAGUUUAUGAUUUGAGCCGGUGGGCUUCACAUCAUCCUGGUGGAGAACUACCAAUAAGAUAUAUGGCUGGUCAUGACUGUACGGAUGUGUUCAAAGCCUUUCAUCUAUCGUGGGUUACUGAGAAGAAGCUGCCUGCCUUUAAGAUCGGCGAAGUCAAAAACGAAUGCGAAAAGACGGUACAGGAGUGUAGUUUGGUCAAAGACUUCCAAAAAGUACGAGAGGAGAUUGAGCGCGGUCUUGACACCAACUAUUGGUUCUACGUUGGACAUGGAAUCAAUUUGAGCGUCAUAUUUGCUCUGCUCAUUUAUGGUGUUGUUUUCAGCAACAAUGUUUACAUACAAGUAGCCUCGUCCAUAUCCAUGGCAGUGUUUUGGCAACAAAUGGCUUUUAUUGGACAUGACAUUGGUCACACUGCCGUCACUCAUGAUUUGAAGACAGACAGUAAUAUAGGCAUUUUUGUUGGCAACAUGACUACAGGAAUCAGCAUUGCAUGGUGGAAGAAAAGCCACAAUGCUCAUCACAUUGUGACAAACUCAGUUGAGUUUGAUCCAGAUAUUCAGCACCUUCCUGUACUAGCCAUUACAGACAAGUUUUUUCAGUCAGUGAGGUCAAUGUACCAUGAGAAGAUUCUCUACUUUGAUGGGCUGGCCAAGUUCUUUGUUUCUUACCAGCACUGGCUGUAUUACUUGAUAAUGGGUCUUGCACGGUAUAAUUUGUACGCACAGAGCUUUCUGUUGGUGUUUUCAUUACCCAGGGGACAAAAUAAAUAUUUUGAAGUAUUUGGCUUGGUGUUCUUUUGGACUUGGUAUAUUUACCUCUGCUCAUUCCUACCAAGUUGGACUUCCUUGUUCAUCUUUGUAUUUGUGGCACAUUUCCUCGCUGGAAUCCUUCACAUUCAGAUCACCCUGAGUCACUUCUCGAUGGAAACCUAUCAUGGUCACCCUCUAGAUGCUUUCAAGAGCAGUGAAUUCCUCCUUUCUCAACUGGCAACAACUAUGGACAUUGAGUGCUACCCAUGGCUGGACUUCAUCCAUGGCGGUCUGCAAUUCCAAAUUGAGCAUCACCUUUUCCCACGCCUGCCACGUCACAGGCUACGUGAGGCGAAGGUCAAAAUCCAGGAGCUUUGUAAGAAGCACAACAUCACCUACAGGUCCAAAACAUUCUUAGAGGCUAACAUAGAAAUUAUCCAGAAACUUAGGGAGACUGCUAAGAAAGCCCAGUGUAUUUCCCCCAUCAUUUGGGAAGGGAUUCAUGCUAUUGGUUAGAAAAAUUGACACAAUCUUACUCUAACUUGCUGACAAAGGGGGAUCUCAAAUUUCUUUCUCGAAGCAUAUUGCUAAUAUUUGAAGGGUCAUCAGAAUUCACUGGUUAUUUACAUUACUUAUUCAAGAAAUACUUUGAGUUCUUUUUCAAAUGACUUGUACUAUAUUUAUACUGCAUUCAAUUUUUGUUGGAGCAAAUUCUAAGCAUGACCUAGCAAGAGAGAAACUGAGCUGUGGUUACAAAACUAUUGCUGUAUGUGUAUAAAUUUGCUUUCAGGUUAGGUCUGAUUUCUAGGUCUCAGUAUCUUGAAUAUUUGAACAAUAAUUAUUAGAUAUUAUGCUCAGGUAAGUCUGGUUUUCAAAGGAGAACAUUGUUAUGAAUUAUUAAUAGUAAUUUAGAGAUUAUUAUGAGGUAAACCAAAGAGAUAUAUCUAAGCCAAAUAUAUACACAAUUAGAUAUUCUGUACAAAAUGUAUCAACUCAAACCUCAUUAAUAUGGACACAACAGUGACCACAGAAGGUGUCUAUUUAAUGAAGUAUCUGUAUAAAACCAGUUAAGGUGGCUCCCUAUAGUUUUAUGAUUGUAAGCACCCUGAUGAAAAAAGCUAAAGUAAUCUGUGUGUGCUUGAAGGAAAAUAUCAGUGUUUUUUGACAUUUUAUAAUGUCAACAUGAGCACAGAAACCAAAAUUUUCUUGCUUUUCUGAAAUUCUGUAAAAUUUGGCAUACUGUUAAUAAAGAUUUUAUUUUAGUUGGAGCUCUUUUUUCAGGGAAAUCUAUGGGACCAGUUUUCCCACAGCGGUAGCAGAAGUAAAUUCGCAAAAAUCGGAAAAAAAACUGCCUGUACAAGCCCUACUUUUUUCAUGUUUAAAAUUUUUAUGCCUCUGGAUUCAGUGUCCUGUGAAAUUUUGGAACAUUUCACUGAAGGAAAUUCAGGAAAAUCAAAAAUAAAGGCACAAAUUGGCAAAAACACAUUUGUUUGGGCAUUUAUAAUUCAAGGCUAAAAGCUGAAAUUUCAUCAUUGCUUAUUUUAUGUAAAAAGUUUGAGACAAAUGAAAAGACAGCUUUCAAAGUACAACACUGGCGUGUGAUGUGAUAAAUGAUUACCCUGUGGAGCCACCUUAAUUAAGUAGAAGAUGUACUACAUUUAGCUUGGGGAAAUACCUGGCUAGGUUGGGGGGUAGGGGGCACUCUAUUCAGGUAUUUUAGUGAUUGGGAAAAGUAAAUGAGGCUUAAAUAACUGGUGGACCCAAAAUUUUCCUUUUAGGCCAAAACCAUGGAAACCAAAAAAUCACCAAUGACGCAGAGUUUAACCCCAAAAUGUCCUUCUGUGAAAAUCUUGGGUUAACCUUUUUGGUGACCACAAAAUAGUCUUUACAAAAAUUUUUCUCUCAAAAAGCCACUUAAAAAAGUUAUCACAAAAUUUCUAACUCCACCUUAAGUCCUCAGUUUGGUAAUUCCAACAUUAAAUAUGCCUUUGAACCUCCCAGUCCAUCAGUCACUAUUAUAUUUUAUAUUCAUUAUUACGGGUGGCGAAUGGUCCUUAAAAGACCAUGGGUCUCGCAAACUUUUCAUCAAAUUUCCCAGGCCUCGCAGUCUUUUUUAUGGUGGUUAUGUGCAUUUUGCAGUCUGGAUUUUUCACAAAGCUGUCUUGCAGUCUUGACUUUUAGCAAGCCUAUAAAGUCUCACAGUGCCGGUAUGUUUUUUUUUUUUCUAUAUAUGAUGUCUAAACAUUUUAGCUCACAUUUAAAACACUUUGAAGUCUUGGCCUUGCAAUUGAAGAAGUCAAAAUGUCUUGGACUCACAAAGAAAAACACCAGUCUUGCCUUCUUGUAAAGUCUCACAUUAAUUACCAUUCACCACCCCUAUUAUUGUUUGCUUCCAUUGGCCCUGAAAAGCCUCAUUGGAGGAGUGGUCAAGUAAGAUAGUACCAUCCCCAAGGGACGAAUCCAAGGGGUUGUGUGUGUCAAGCAAGUGCUAGUAAACUACAGUUAGACUCUACAUAAAUUUAAGAAAUAGAAAAUGAUUGGUGCAAACAAAAGCACAUCUCACUCUCAGACUGAUUCACUGGAACAUGAUAAAGGAAAUGUUUAAACGUAGAGCUGAGAAAAUGCAGAAGCAAAACAGACUUGAGUUACAUUUGACAUUGAAAAAGGAAACGCUCAAAACUAGUUUUAUUUCAUAGCAGCUGUCCAAAACUUUUACAGGUAUUGAAAAAGUCAUUCUUCCUGUCUUGGUGAUAGAUGGAGUAGGUUAAGUUUGAAACUCAGGAACAAACAGUAUGCCAAGGUUGGGUGUGAAGCAUCGAGAGGCUGAGGGUUGCCCCAAAGGUUUUAAGUACUGGUAGGUGGCCUUAUUUUUGGAGUAGACAGCUGAGUUUGCUAUCAUUGCUAAGGAAUUUGAAGAACAGUUCAGCUGAGUAAUUGGCUGAAAUCAUAAAGUAGACGAUGAUUUUCAUCGGCAACCAGCAGCCUGCUUUUGACAGCCCUGUAGAAGUUUAGGUUGAGUGACUGUAAAUAGUUCAGGGGUGGAUACAGGAUUGUAGAGACAGAGGUUCAAGAUACAAACUGCCAAAGGCAAUCCCCUCUCAGGGGUUGGGGGCAUCCUUACUGUAAAAUUUUUAAUUGAGGUCCUUUGAGAUUUCCUGCAUUCUGAGGCGGAUGUUAUUAUUAUUUUGAAGUUAGGGGGCUCAACCAAACCCUCUGAACUCUCCUAGAUCUGCCCCAGUAGUUGAUGGUUAAUGGUUAGUUGUUAGUGAUUACUAGUUACGCCUUUUUGAAUUUUUAAGCAUUUUCUUCUUAAGCAUUUUCCAGUGUUGGUUUGUGUUAGGACAUAACAUGAGUGCAUAGGUUUGUUUUUGUGAUGGUUUGUACCCAUUUUUGUGGUAGUGUUAAACCGUUCACUUUUGAGGAGAUUUCAUGGUACAAACCAUGACUCGGUGCUUUAAGAGAGUUUAAAACUAACCAAGAGAUAUCACUGGCUUUGGGCAUUUUAACAUGUCUGCUUUCUAGCAUCUGACCAAGUUACAUUUUCUCUUCACCUUUUAAAAAUAAAUUCAAGUAAGCAGGUAUGAAGAAAUUAAGACCAAGUUAAUCUUAGGAGUUAGCUCAAUAUUCACAGGGAAAGUGAUAGUAUAAUAAAAACGGUACAUGCUGUCAAAUUUGCUAAUGCCAACCACAGGAGAAAAAAGGUUUAAAGGCCUUGGAGCAUUUUAAUGAAACUUUUGAAGAGAUUGAUCUUAAGGCCCUGCCUGAGGUAACUCUCAGUCUGAAUAAUGAACACUGCCAUCUCAGUGCAACAGCUGUCUAAAAUGAAGUCCGGACAUUUCCAUCUGAGGUUGGCAACUCAUAAUUUUAGAGUCGGGCAAUUUCUGAUGCUUCCCUAGGUUCAAAAUCUGAGCUGUGAGCAUUCAGGAACAGUGGGAUAAUAGGGCCUCAAUAAUUUAUAUGAAGUCAUUUGAAAGAAAAUUUAAAGGAAAUUAAAUAAUAUUUUGGUGUGUUUCCCAUCAGAGUUAUUGGUUAACUAAACAAAAUAUAUUUAUUCAAAUGAAUUUAAAUUAUAAAUUAUUAUUGUUCUGAUUAUUUAAUAUUAUAUAUAUUUGAGAACGUAUAGCUUAUUAUUAGUAUUAUUCAAUUUCCCGUACAUUGGGAGUACUUGUCUAGUUAUGUGGCAUGCAGAAAAAAAUGUCAAAAUUUGUACUUGUAAAUAAAAUUUAACUGCUUAAUUUCUUGCCAAGAAUGUUACCUUUCAAAAGUUAUGGUUGUAUGCUUUAUGCAUCACUGAAUAGCAUUACAUUAUGAGUUUGAUAGCUUCAGUGUUUUGCAUUUCUUGUAAGCAAGUUUUUUGGCAGUGAAUAAAAUUUCCUUAUUUUAAUUGCU